AUGCUAGAGUGCUAAGAAUAAGAUCAUAAUUAAUAAGAGAUAAUAUUAAUCUGUGUCAAUGUAGAUUGUUAAAUAAGAAGAUCAUGUUGUUUAGAUUGUGUUAUAAAGCACAAUUCACAUAAAAAAGAUCUGAAAUCAAUUCAACAAAUUACAAAAUGGAAAAAAAGUACAACCUAAAGCUAUGAAAUAUAUUAGUAAAAGAUUAAUUAGAUUGUUGAAAUAAUUAGUUAAGCUCAAAAAUAUUUAUCGAAUAUGGGUUAGGAUUUAGAAAAAUCAUUUGAUGAAAUCGUGAAUGAUGAGUUUGAAAAGUAAGUUUGCAAUUUAUUAAAAAUCCAGUAAUUAUCAUCAUCUUUUAAUUCACUAACAUCCAACCUAGAGACCUUGAUGGAACCUAUUUCUUCGAUGUUUUCUAUAGUUGAAGCAUCUUCAAAAGACAAAUGGGUUAAGGCAUAGCCAUCUCUGCAUAUCACUAAUGAUAAAUAAUAAUAAACUUUUGGCUAGGAAUAACAAAUACAAAAGGAAUAACAAAUUGAUUUUGAAAAUUAAGGCCUUAAGCAAUAAAAAUAAUUGAAAACCUUAAGGAAUUUAGAUUUAAUUAGGAAGGAGAAUGAUCUUGAUAUUUAUUAAUUUCCUUUGAUUUACAAAUAACAAAUUGGAUGUAUUGAGGAAUAUAAAACAAUAAUUUUAAUAGGAACUUAAAAUUCAUAAAAGUAGAAUUUAAUAAAUUUAUUUGUAAAUUAUUAUUAUGAUGUUGAAUUUUCAGAUGGUUAUAGGUUUGAAAUAGAUGAUAAGAUUGAUAUAAGUAAAGAUAAAUAAAAUGAUGAAUAUGAAGAAAUGAAAGUUUAUUAUAUUAGACCAUCAAAUGGAUAAUCAGGACUUAGAAUUAUAUAUACACCAGAUUAUAAUGAUGAUUUAAUUUAUGAGGAUUAACAAAUAUUCAAUAGAAUAUUCAAUGGAAUAUCUAAUUCAACUUAACUUAAUCAAAAUAUACUAAUUGGUUUUGUUAUUCCAUAAUAAGUGUAAAUAGGAACAUUUUUUAUGUUGGAAUCUAUUUUAAGUAAAUUCCCAAAUAUAUUAAUCAAUAAUAUACUCUUUCUAUUUCCAGAUUGUACAGAUGAUUAUCCUAAACAAAAACAAAUACUAUAAUCUAAAACAGAAAUCAUUCAUGGGAUACCAUCUCCUAUUUCCUAAAUGAUACCAAAAAUAAAUAAUGUUUGGUAUCUCAAAUUUAAUACUAAUGUAUUAUAUCUAGAAAAUUAAAACUAACAAAAUCAAUUUCUUUGGCAAAUGGGAAAAAAUAGUUUUUAAUUACUUUUAAACGAUUAUCUAUCAAAUAAAAUUAAUUGCAAUAUAUUAUAGGAGAUGAAGUGUAAGUAUGAUGAAUUUUUAAAAGUUCUUGAUUUUUCAGUGUUUGCGCAAAAAAUGAAGUUAAUGUUCUUGGAUUUGUAUAAAAGAGAUAAUUUUCAAAUCGAAUCUUAAUAGAAAUUUGAAAACUUUCAACAAUAACUGUUAGAGUUUAUAAAUUUACAAAGUGUACCAUAUAUGAACAAUGGUUGUCUUUAUUAUUAAUAUCAUUUAGAAUUUGGGCACUUUAAAGAAUCUGUUGAAAAAAUUAUGAAAGACUUAAAUGACUUCAUUGAGUAAAAUUCUAAAAAAUUUGAGUAAUUCUAAUCCUUAAUAAACAACAAAAAAUUAUAUAAUUAAGACUUUGAAGAGUUUUAUUAAAAUUUUAAGAAUUUUGGAAAUUUCAUGAAGUAAUAAUAUCAUUCAUAGCAAUUAUAUUUCAAAUUUAAUUCAAUAUUAGUUUCUAUAAAUCACAGUUAAUGGAGAUAUUAUGAAAAUUUAAUUUCCAAGGAAUAAAGUUCAACGAAAGAAGGGUGGAAAGAAAGAGUGUAACUAUUAACAAAAAAAAGUAAAUGCUUUUAAUAUUUUGAUGAUAUCAACAAAGCACCAAAUUUAAAGCAACUAAUAAAAUAAUGGAGUGAUUAAUAUUUUAGUGAAAAGUAGUGUACUUGUAUUUAGUAUAAGUAAAUUUCAUGGAAUUGGUCUAUUAACUAUGAGAAUAUUCAAACUCCUUUUGUAGAAUUAUUUAAGAAUUAUGAAAAAAUAACAAUUACAAAAAGAAUAUCGGAGGAUUGUGAAAAAAAUUUUGACGAUUUGAUUCUGAAAUUUAUGCAAGAUAUAUUUAAUUGA